AUGCAAAUAAUAAAUCAACUACUACUAAUAUUUCAUUUUAUUAUAUCAAUAUCAUGUUUAAAUCAUUCAGAAGGUUAUUGUAAUACAUAUGGAAAUUGUGGUAAAAAAUCAGUAUUUGGUAAACAAUUACCAUGUUCAAAUUAUACAAAAGCAAUAAAACCAACAGAAGAAUCUCAAUAUAAAUUAGAAGCAAUCUGUGGUAAAAAAUUUGAUUUGGUUUGUUGUUCCCCUGAACAAAUUGAAGAUUUAGCAUCAAACCUAAAGAGAGUUGAUCCAAUAAUUUCUACUUGUCCAGCUUGUCAUAAGAAUUUUUAUGAUUUCUUUUGUGAAUUUAGUUGUUCACCGAAUGAAUCUCAAUUUGUGGAGAUUGUUAAAACAGAUACUGCAAAAGAUACAGGUAAGGAGAUAGUUACUGAAAUAAAUCAAUAUGUUUCACCAAAUUUAGCCAACAAAUUUUUUGACUCCUGUAGAAAUGUUAAAUUUCUGGCAACUAAUGGUUUCGCAAUGGAUUUAAUUGGUGGUGGAGCUAAAAAUUACUCACAAUUCUUGAAGUUUUUGGGUGAUGAAAAACCAUUACUUGGUGGUUCACCUUAUCAAGUAAAUUUCAAAUAUGAAACACCACCAAACUCAGAUUUAAUAUUGAGAGACGAUAUAAUGUACAAUUGCAAUGAUGAAAAAUAUAAAUGUGCAUGUACAGAUUGUGAAUCCUCAUGUCCAAAAUUACCACAUAUAAAAAACUUGAAUAAGAAAUGUACAAUUGGAUAUCUACCAUGUUUUUCAUUUUCAGUUUUGAUUGUUUUAUUAGUUUUAAUUGCACUAUUAGGUGGGUAUCAUGUAUAUUUAGCAAAUGCCAAAAGGGAAAGACGUACUUCAUGCCAUGAUGAUGAUGAUGAUUUAGAUGAAAUGAUUAGUCCUUCAUAUUAUGUCACCGUGAGAAAACCUAUUGUUCAUUCAUUAUCAGAGAACUUAAAUGAUAAAAUUGAAGAUUGGUUUGAAAAAACUGGGAAAUUUUGUUCAACAUAUCCUGGAAUUUCAGUGGGGACUUCAUUGGUUGUUGCACUUUUAUUGUCUUUAGGUAUGUUCAAAUUAAACUUAGAAACUAAUCCAAUUAAUUUAUGGGUAAGCCCUACAGAACCUGCAUUAAUCAAUCAAAAAUAUUUUGAAUCUGAGUUUGGUCAAUGGUUCAGAGUUGAACAAGUUAUAGUUAGUACUAAAAAUCAGGAACCCAUCUUUAGUUGGAAAACUAUAAAAUGGUGGUUUGAAGAAGAACAAAAAAUAAACAAUCAAGAGUUAUAUGAAAUAUGCUUUAAACCAUUAGAUGAAACUUGUGCUAUCGAAUCUUUUACUCAAUAUUUCCAUGGUGAUAUAAAUGAAUUAAGUGAACAAAAUUGGGAAAGUAAAAUUCAAAGUUGUUCAGAUUCUCCAGUUAAUUGUUUACCUACGUUUCAACAACCAUUGAAACCAACUUUAUUAUUUGACAAUAAUGAUAUAUCAAAAGCAACUGCUUUUACCGUAACGGUACUUGUUAACAAUCAUGAACAUAAUAAUCUGUUAGCAAUGGAUUAUGAGAAGAAAUUCCAAAAAUGGGCUAGAAAUUUACAAGAAAAUAAAUUAGGAUUAAAUGUUGCUUACAGCACUGAAAUUUCUUUAACUGAGGAAAUAAACCAAUCGUCAAAUACUGAUGUUAGAAUUGUUGUUAUAUCAUACAUUGUAAUGUUCAUAUAUGCAUCAUUAGCACUUGGUGGUAAACUACCAAAUAGAUCAAUAAAAUCAUUAGUUAAAACAAGAUUUACUUUAGGAUUAGGUGGUAUUAUCAUUAUCUUACUUUCAGUUACUUCAUCAGUUGGUUUUUUUUCAAUUAUUGGUUUAAAAUCUACCUUAAUUAUAGCAGAAGUUAUACCAUUCUUAAUUUUGGCUAUAGGUAUUGAUAAUAUUUUCCUUAUUGUUCAUGAACUACACAAAAUUACCGAAAUUGAACCAGAAUUAGAUAUACCUACUCGUAUAUCAAAAUCUUUAAAAAUUAUAGGUCCAUCUUGUUUAAUUAGUGCUAUAUUACAAGUAUCUAUGUUUUUAUUAGCAUCAACUGUUGAUAUGCCGGCUGUGAAAAAUUUUGCCAUUUAUAGUGCUGGUGCCAUAACUGUAAAUUUUAUAUUACAAAUGACUUGUUUUAUUGGAUUGUUAGCAUUAGAUCAAAAAAGAAUAGAAGAGGGCAGAAUUGAUUGUGCUCCAUGGAUCAGAAUUUCUCCGAUUCAAUUAGAAGAUAAUGAUAAUGAUGAUGAUAAUGAUGAUGAUAAACAUUUGGAGUAUAACUUUUCAUACUACAUUAAGGAAAAAUAUGCACCUUGGCUUUUGAGUAAAACUACUAGACCUAAAAUUUUGACAAUUUUUAUUUUGUGGGUUGGUAUAUCACUAAGUUUAUUUCCUGAAAUUCAAUUUGGACUUGAUCAAAGAAUUGCUAUACCAAAAGAUUCAUACUUGGUGAAUUACUUUAAUUCUGUUUAUGAUUAUUUUAACACUGGCCCUCCAGUGUUUUUCGUUGUCAAAGAUUUAGAUGUAAAACAAAGGGAUAAUCAACAACAAAUAUGUGGUAGAUUUUCAACAUGUGAGAAAUAUUCAUUAGCUAAUAUUUUGGAACAAGAAUUUAAAAGAUCCAAGAAAUCAAUGAUUGCUGAACCAACAAGUAAUUGGCUAGAUGAUUUCUUGACUUGGUUAAACCCAGAUUUAGAUCAAUGUUGUAGAUUUAAAAAAUCAAGUUUAUUUGAUAGUGAUGAACCUGAAUUUUGUUCACCAUAUGCACCAGAUCGUCAAUGUCAAACAUGUUUUGCAAAUCAUGAACCUCCAUAUAAUCCAGAUAUGAAAGGUUUUCCUCAGGGAGAAGAGUUUAUGUUCUACUUCAAUCAAUGGAUACAAGAACCUAGUGAUCCUUGUCCUUUAGGUGGUAAAGCUCCUUAUUCAACAAGUAUAUCUAGAAAUUCAACAAAUAUUAAAUCAAGUUAUUUUAGAACUUCUCAUACACCAUUAAGGUCACAACAAGAUUUUAUAUCAGCUUAUAAAAAUUCCAUUAGAAUAGUUGAAGAAAUUAAAAAUUUUACUGGUUUGAAUGUAUUUAGUUGGUCACCAUUUUAUAUAUUUUUUGUUCAAUAUUUAAAUAUUAUAAGUUUAACAUUUACUUUAAUUAUUGGAGCAUUGCUUUUAAUAUGGUUUGUAUGUACACUAUUAUUAGGUUCAAUAAAAUCAUCAACAAUAAUGGUAAUAACAAUAACUUCAAUAAUGAUAAAUAUAGGAGGUGUGUUGGCCAUUUGGGGAAUAUCAUUAAAUGCAAUUACAUUAGUUAAUCUUAUAAUAUGCUGUGGAUUAUCAGUUGAAUUUACAAUACACUUAACAAGAGCAUAUACAAUGGAAACAUUUACAAAAGAAGAUAUACAAAGAAGUGGAAUAAUAUCAAAAAAUUAUCAAAAAUCAUUUAAUGCAUUAGUCAAAGUUGGAGGAUCAAUUAUAGGUGGUAUAACUUUAACUAAAUUUAUUGGUAUAUCCAUCUUAGCAUUUACAAGAUCAACAAUUUUCGAGAUAUAUUAUUUUAGAAUGUGGUUCUCAUUAAUUAUUAUUGCAGUUUUGCAUUCUUUAGUGUUGUUACCAGUUUUAUUAAGUUUUUAA